UUUGACAGAUUUUAGAUGGACGAAAACAUAAGUUUUCGUGCGAAAACCAGUUUUKCCGGUCGGUCCGAACAUAGUAUAAGCGGAAAAGAGAAACUUCAGCGAAUUGCUCAUAUUUACAUUAUCAUAUGACAGCGCUCCAUUACCAUAAAUGAUGUUCACUAUGAGUGUAAAAGUUUAAUCUAACUAUUUUGCGUGCGUGUAAGGUCGAAUAUCCCGUAAACUAAGCGUUUGCGGCCUCUUUUUUAAUCAGGAGGACUUCCUUUUUCCGACGGUGGCUUCAACUCGCGGCGACAUAGAAAUCGGAAUUGUGCUUUUUCUUAAUUAAAGGCUUGGAUAUGAUAAUACAAAAGCAUUCAUUAAACUUUUGUAUCAAAAGUGUGACGCAAAGCGAAGCGAAACUUCUUUGUGAAUUGGCCAUAAGAGUAUAUAUACUUAAGUAUAUAGUUUGAUUAUACAUACUUAUAUAGUUUGUUUAUCGACUUUCGAUUUGUUUUAUAAAAUUUGUAAAAGAUGGGUUAAGAAGUGUAUAUAAAGGUUGUUUUACAUCGGUUACUGUGCAGCAUUAAAAGCAAUAAUAAUAAGAGAAAUUUGAGAAAAGAAUAUGAGAACUCGACCUCGGUGCCGAACUUGGCUGCCAUUAUCUACUCAGCAGCUUCGUUUGCGAAAUCUUAUUAGGAUUGAAGGUAUAAAUAUUAAAUGUCAGGAAUCGGGGGCUUUGAUAUAUUAUACACUGCAUGAAACAGUCGAAAAAGAUGCUUUUUAUACAAGCGAAUUUUUGCCUCAUCGACAGGAUCAAAAUUGGGCUGAAAUUAUAUGUCCUAAAAUAUUUAAAGCCAAUGACCAAAGUGUUUGUGUCAAAGUGUGGGCGCACUUUAUAACUGGCUUACUAGAUAAAGAUUGCGUUCAACAAAUUGCUUGUGGUAAUACAGAGCCAUUAAGUGCCUUCUCAAAUAACCUUUGGUGUCCCCGUGAUGAUAAGGAAAAAAAUUCGCAAUAUAAACUUCUUUUCACUUGGGGAAUAUACCUUUCUGGUCUGACGCCAGUAAGUGAAAAAUACUUUUUAAAGUUAAAGGAAAAUUCUUUGCUUUUCUAUAUAAACGGAGGAUGCUUUACCUCAGCAAAACAUAUAAAUUCGGACAUUACAAUAGUUGACAAUUUCUGUCUUCUAAAUGAAGUGUUUCCACAUUAUGUUAAAAGUAGAUUAAACUCAUCAGACACGAAUGAUAUUGAAAAAGGAAAUGCAGUUUUUUGCAAAAACGCUGUAACUGCUCGUUACAUAAUUAUGUACUAUAAAAGAGAUGAUGUACGUAAAGGGUAUAGUUUGCAACAGCUUUUGAAGAUACAGGAAAUACAACGAAGAUGUUUACAAAAAUUAAGAGAAAGCAAAGAUAUUACUAUUGAAAUUCAACGAAAAUGCGUGCUAUGCGUCACAAAGGAACAACUUUCCAUUCCACUAAACUCUUCAUUUAAUAACUCAUUCACGAGGAAUUCUCAAAGAACCUCAAUGGGUCGAGCAUUAAGUGAGUUAUUUUCAGAGGAACGCCAWUUGAGUCCACAAAUUUUAUAUUGUGCCCAAAAUUUAAAUAAGCAAUUAGAAACCUUGCGAUUGAAACAAAGCCUCCUCCAAUUUGAGCAUAAAAGUUUUUCUCUUCGCUUACGUCAAAAAGCCAAAGGUUUAAUCCUUUUAAAUGAAAUCCGACACCAGGAUCAACUUUCUAUUCGAUCUCGUAAUCAACAGUUGCAUGACGAAAAAAAAGUGUUGAUAGAGCAGUAUCAGCAGAUAUAUCUUCUUCGAAAAAAAAAGGUCGAUAUCAUCCGAAAUACAGAACGGAGAAUGUCAGCAUUAUGUGUUGGCCUACGUGAAAUUUACCCCAUAGAAACAAAAACAAAUGCUUUCAAUACUAUCAACAACGUACCAUUUCCAAGUAUGGAAGCAUUGAUUAAUUAUACUAAGUCGCAUAAUACAAGCAGUUCGGAAAAUAUAUUGCCUAUUACAUUGAGUGUUUCACUGGGAUAUAUUGCUCAUUUAGUGCAGAUGAUUGCUUUUAUAUUCAACCGCCCUUUAAGAAAUGCAAUAAUACAUCAAGGUUCCCGCUCCCGAAUAAUUGAUACCGUAAAAGAGAUUCCGUUAUCGUGUUCAGAAUUUCCUCUUUAUAAUCGCUCAAAUAUACCAUCGAAGGCAGUAAAAUACGGAAUAUUCUUGCUAAACCAAAAUAUAGCUCAGCUUUGUUUCGAUAUUAUAGGACUGCGUUGUGAUAUGAGUUUGACACUUGAAAAUAUCCGUCAGAUAUUUCUUUAUCUAAGUGAAGUUCAAACUUUGGAUGAGAAAAAAAUGUGCCGCAAUAAGAGGGGCACCUUGAGUUACAAUGGUUGUACAAUUAUGGAUGGUAAUCUGCUCUCGAAUUCACAUUCAUCGAUCGAUAUAAAUAACUUGUCAGUUCCUUUGGUGACUGUAACACCAGAAAAUUCUUCGUCGCAAUUGGCAAAUAGCAUGCCAUUCCCAAUUGAAGGUGGCAUCAAUAUCAAACAAAGAUGGUCGAUUUGUUGAUUAUUCAAUUAUAUAAGGUUUCAUUUGUGGCCCAAUAACAAGUAGUAUGUGGGAAAAGUAAUUAAAUCCACAAUGACAAAAUCCGCCAUUUUCUUUUGUAUUCACGAUUCAAAAACAAAAUUUUUAAAUAUUUCAACCCAUGUUUUUUGAGUGAUAACCGAAAACGAUUAGAUUGUAAACAACACAAAUUCUAAAUGACCAUAAUGACUAUGAGUAGAUUCCCUGGUCCGUAUUAAUAAGUCAGUUCGUUUAUUACCUUGAAAUUGCCCAAAACCAAAACUGUUAAAAUGACUAGCAAGACUGAUGAUUAAAAUUUCAAGAAUUUUAAAUAUUAAUAAAACUUAA